CGGAAAUUAGUUAGCUGGAUUAUCAGAGACUGAUUUCACCUCCGCCUCUCAUCUCAUCUCCGUUCCCGUUUAUUUGUCCCCGGAACGGAAUCCAUUUUUCCAACUUAAAAAGCUAAAGGGUAAGCUAUAGAGCAAAAUCUAUUUAUUUCUGCUUCAUUUGGGACCGAAAGCAAGUGCCGAAAAUACAUCGGGAUCAUCUAUUUUCCGGGAUUUAGCGGUGAAUAGUGCUGGUUUUGUGUGGUGUUUGCAUUUGGCGGUAUCCCAGUGAUUUUAAGAAGCCUGCUGUGAGAUUCCAAGUCCUUCAUUGUGCAUAAUACAUUUCCGGGACCUUUUUUUAUUGGAUGGUUAACGAAUUGGAUCGGUGAAAUUUCAAGAUAAUAUGUUCUAAAUUCCGUCUCAAAUGCUUUUUCAAAGAGCUCCCAAGACCCUGUACCAACGUUGACAGUAUGGCAACUCAACCAGAAGGAGAAACAUGUGAGCAAACCUCGAGUGUCCCAGCCGCUGGGCUUGGAGAGAUGAUACAACUACGGUAUCAGAAAAUCAAAGAGCAUGCAGAAAGUUAUCCUUACGUGUGGGCUUCUUAUAUUGUUGUUUAUGGUGGUCUUGGACUCUGGACCGCUUACAGGUGGAGAAAGCUUCGGAAGACUGAGGACAGGGUAAGAGCUCUCCAAGAGAGGUUGCGUAAACUUGUUGAAGAGGAGUCGGCCAACCCAACAACGCCAGUCCAAAAGACUCCACCUUCUGCAGAUAAAACCUCCAAAUAGUCAUAUGCGCUUAAAAUUAUCUCCUUUUACAUAGACUUUCUCCAAUUGGGAUUAGGGAACACAUGACAAAUUGAUUAGUGCUUUUGGAAAAAAAAGUGCAGAAUGGAUAAUGGAUUAUUUAUAAUAAUAUUUCUUUCCGAGUAAAGUUUAAUAUGGUUG